AUAUUUUUACUGGAUUAUAACUUAUAUUUUCAUUCAUUCAUUCAUUUGAUUCAUUUAUUCAUAGUACUACUAGUUCAUAAGGCCAGCGUUUUGUGAUGUGGCUUAUAGCAUCAAACAUCAAGCAUCACAAUCACGUGGAAUUAUCUCACCCUCACAACAUCACAGUUACUGGACCCACCUUCUUCCCCACUCUAAACUCUCUUCUUCUCAUCACACAAACAAAACCAAAAUCAAUCACCACCACACGCAUCAAAACCAUUUCAAUUUCUCUCUCUCUCUCAACAAAACCUCAUCUUCAUCAAUGGAAGAACACUCCUUAGGACCUCUUGUACCUGCAGUAGUAAAACCUGAACCAUCAAAACGCCAUUCCACCGACACCACCACGACAACCGCCGUCGCCGGUGAUACUUUUCCGAUCAACACCAUGUCGGAGCUAGAUAAAGACUUUCUCUGUCCGAUUUGUAUGCAGAUCAUCAAAGACGCGUUCCUAACUGCUUGUGGUCAUAGCUUCUGUUACAUGUGUAUCAUUACUCAUCUUCGUAACAAAAGUGAUUGUCCUUGCUGUGGUCAUUACCUCACGAAUAGUAACUUGUUCCCUAACUUCUUGCUCGAUAAGCUACUAAAAAAGACGUCGGAUCGUCAAAUAUCGAAGACUGCUUCUCCUGUGGAGCAUUUCCGCCAGGCGAUACAAAAGGGUUGUGAAGUGACAAUGAAGGAGCUUGACACCCUUUUGUCACUCCUUUCUGAGAAGAAAAGAAAAAUGGAACAAGAAGAAGCUGAGAGAAAUAUGCAAAUAUUGUUAGAUUUUUUGCAUUGUUUACGCAAGCAAAAAGUUGAUGAGUUGAAGGAGGUGCAAACUGAUCUCCAGUUCAUAAAGGAGGACAUUGGUGCUGUGGAGAAACAUAGAAUGGACUUAUAUCGUGCUCGGGACAGGUACUCUGUGAAAUUGCGAAUGCUUGAUGAUUCUGGUGGAAGAAAAUCUUUGUAUUCAUCAAUGGACAAGAACAGCAGUGGCCUUGCAUCCAGUCCUUUAAAUCUUCGAGGAGGGUUAUCGUCAGGAAGCCAUACUAAGAAAAAUGAUGGAAAGUCACAAAUCAGCUCUCACGGGAUUGGAAUCCAGAGAAGAGAUGCCAUUAGUGGAUCAGACUCACAGUAUAUAAAUCAAUCGGGACUUGCUCUAGUCAGAAAGAAGAGGGUGCAUACACAGUUCAAUGACCUACAAGAAUGUUAUCUACAAAAGCGACGGCAGGCUGCAGAUAAGCCACAUGGCCAACAAGAAAGAGAUACAAAUCUCAUAAGUCGAGAAGGUUAUAGUGGUGGUCUUGAUGAUUUUCAGUCAGUCUUGACAACUUUCACACGCUACAGCCGAUUGAGAGUCAUUGCAGAAAUAAGACAUGGGGAUAUAUUUCAUUCAGCCAACAUCGUUUCAAGCAUAGAGUUUGACCGUGAUGACGAUUUGUUUGCUACUGCUGGAGUUUCCCGGCGAAUUAAAGUUUUUGAUUUUUCUGCGGUUGUGAAUGAACCUACAGAUGCUCAUUGUCCUGUUGUCGAGAUGACCACACGUUCAAAACUUAGUUGCUUGAGUUGGAACAAAUAUGCUAAGAAUCAAAUAGCUAGUAGUGAUUAUGAAGGAAUUGUGACCGUUUGGGACGUGGCCACUCGAAAGAGUUUAAUGGAAUAUGAAGAGCAUGAAAAGCGUGCAUGGAGUGUUGAUUUUUCCAGAACAGAUCCCUCUAUGCUUGUAUCUGGUAGUGAUGAUUGUAAGGUCAAAGUUUGGUGCACAAAUCAAGAGGCCAGUGUUCUAAAUAUAGACAUGAAAGCAAACAUAUGUUGUGUGAAGUAUAAUCCUGGAUCUGGGAAUUACAUUGCAGUUGGAUCAGCAGACCAUCACAUUCAUUAUUAUGAUUUGAGAAAUAUUAGCCGACCGGUCCAUGUUUUCAGUGGGCACAAGAAGGCUGUUUCAUACGUGAAAUUUUUGUCCAACGAUGAACUUGCAUCGGCAUCAACAGAUAGUACACUGCGAUUAUGGGAUGUGAAGCAAAACAUACCAGUUCGUACUUUCAGAGGACACGCAAAUGAGAAAAACUUUGUUGGUCUUACAGUAAGCAGUGAAUACAUUGCAUGUGGCAGUGAAACAAAUGAAGUAUUUGUCUACCACAAGGAAAUCUCCAAGCCUUUGACUUGGCAUAGAUUUGGUUCCCCUGACAUGGAUGAUGGGGAGGAUGAGGCUGGAUCUUACUUCAUCAGUGCUGUAUGCUGGAAGAGUGAUCGCCCCACCAUACUAACUGCAAAUAGUCAAGGCACCAUCAAAGUACUGGUGCUUGCUGCAUAAACACGGAAAAAUGAACAGAAAGCUCAGUUGGUAUUAUUUUUUCCCAUGUUGCACCAUUAAAAUUGUACAUAGUAUUUAAGUGUAUAUGGUAGGUUUUAGGGAUCUUAAUGAGGUAUAUUAGGUGAGGACUCUGAUAAACCAAUUAAGAAACUGAACUUUUGCCAAUUAAGGACUUCAUAUUAAAAUAAAUUAGUUUAGGGCAAAGCCAAAACGUACUAAAGGUUGGAAAGUAGGGAUCAAUUGGCGUUGGAGAGAGGUGAAGUGAGAAAGGAAAGGAAGCGGUGGUGGUUUGGGAGAUGGUGGAACUAUAAGAAAGACAAGGAAGAGGUGUAGAGGACGUCCGGAGAAAAAGCUUGUGGAGGAUCGGAGAAACCGGAGAAACCGGAGAUCAAGGGACCAAUAAAUAUGUAAUGUAGUUUUUGUUUAGGUGCCAUAAUUUGUAAUAGCAGAUAAUUUUCGUGUAGGUGUGUUUAUUAUAAGGUAAGGUUUCGUAGGAAACUGUUUUCCCUCGUCUGUUUCUCUUUUUCCUAUAGAAACUCAUGUUCUCUUUUGAAGAAUUUCUUAACAAUUUUUCAUCAAGGUUUCCAA